UCUAACCUACGUGAAUUGAAGUAUGUUGCCAGCCAUCCCAAGACCGGAUUAUGCACCCAUCGCCGCUGCCAAUAAUUGAUAAUUCGUCCUCGUUAAUUAAAGGCAAUUCUUUCCCUUAAUAAUUGGUAAAGCCCCCGGUCAUCAGCAAUUGAUAAUUGACUCUAGCCCAUUAAAGCCAAUUAUUUCCCUCAAUUUAAUUGAUAAAGCACUCGGUCAUCGUCGGAAGAUGGAAUCGGGAGUGCACCUCCGUCGUCGCCCACAUCCGUCAAGAAGAGGAAGAAGAGGGGAGGAGAAGAAAGUCGCAUUACUGGGUUUUACCCUCGGUUCCCGUCGUCGGCGAGGUUGGGACGGGACCCGUCUCACCAGCAGGAGUGGCGCGCCACCCGCCUGGUCGUGUGUCGGGGCGACAUGGCAGCUGCUGGUCUCGCAGAGAGCGGUGGGGCUCGGACGGAGCUAGAUGGCGGCAUGUCAUUUCUUGGUUGCAAGGUGGCAGGCUCUGUUUCUGGAGAGGGGCCAAAGGCAGGGGAAGGGGGGAAGGGGGUUGAGCAGAAUCCCCAAUUCUUGCUGGGUACUCCAUGCUUAUCCACUCGCUCGUACAUACGGUGGAGGACCUAGGUGUGCUGUUGGAAGCGGGGGUGAUUCGGAUUGGAAAAAGGAAGACGAGCCGUUGAUAAGAAUCCGACAACGGCAGCAGCGGUUAGAGGACGGAUGAGCUUGGCGACGGCUGGGCAGGGCAAAAUAAAUUUUUCGUGUAAGAUUUAGGUUGAAAUUGGGACUAGGGUAAUAAUGUCAAUUUGAUACAUUUUAGAGCGACAAAAUCUAAAUUUUAGGACGACGAAUAGCGAUUCAGAAAUAUAAAUAUACAUCUGAUUUCUUAAAACGAAUAAACUAGAAGGGAUGCGUGGCAGGCUGGCAGGCGAUUGGAAGGAUCGACGGAAAAGAAUGGGAGAUAGGGCAAGAGAAGACAGGGGGCGCAGUUUCACUUUCAGAGCGACGAAACGUUUCUCCAGGAUUUGUUCCAGGAAGAAACGAGAACGGGUAAAGGGAACGAAAUCCUGGGGUUGGGGUUGGGGUUGGGGUUGGAGGAGCAAGAAACCAACGACAAGAUUGGCCAUCAUGAAUUGAAUGCUGACGUUGCUUCUGGUCAACAAGAUUAACAUUUAUUUAUUCUUUAAAAAAAAAUCAUUUGCAUCGAUCCAAUGUUGUUUUUACUUUUUACUGUGAAUGGGACUGCGAUAAUUGGUAAAUGCCAAACUUACGAUAUAGAGAGAUCAGAAACAGAAAGGCAAAAUGAGUAGAUAUAUAAUUAUACUGUAUAAAUGUAGUAGCUAUUCGUUGAUCAGAUCAACAUAAUUCAAUGUUUUUUUUUUUUUGAAUAUUUUUGAAAAAAUUCCUCUACUUCAUAAGAUUCGAUAUUAUUAACAUAUUUAACAUACAAGGCAAGCACAAAAGGCACGAUAGCAGCAAUCUCUGAAAAUCCAUGGAACAUGCCAAAUUUCUAGUUCACGAAAGCAAGUUUUGGAUUGCUCUUUGCAAUUUUCAAGCUCAUUGACCACCUAUAACUUUUUUUCCAAGUUAUCAAAAACGAACUUGUUCUCAACAUUUUGCAUCAGAUAGAGACUGUGAUGUUCUAUUGGUCAUGCAUUCGAGUUUAAAUAGCUGACAACAUUAAUACUUGAUUAAGCAUUUAGGUUGACUUUUGUGUUGAGAGAAAUGUAUAAAAAUUAAAGAUAAGAAUAUAACUUUCAUAUAUGAAGACUCGUCCAAUAAGUCAAGUAAAUUGAAACGAAUAGAACCCGAGUGUGAUGGGGUAAAUGACAAACAGCAAGGGCAUAACCAACCUGCUAGAGAUUCAUCUCAUGAGAAAGCUUUGGGAGGUGAAGGAGCGCAGCAAUAAACGGCAUAUGCACGAAACCGACGACAAACGGACAAACUUGGCUACGAUGAAUGCUGACGUGGCUUCUCUGAUCAAACAUUUAUUUAUUCUAAUAUGUACAUUUUUGUCUUUUGGCGAUCCAAUGUUGUUGUAUUUUUUUUUUUUUUUACUGUGGAUGGGCAUGGGCUGGUAAAUGCUAAACUUAUGGGGGAGAGAGCGCGCCUGCAGCUUCUAGCUGUCAGCCCUGAGAUAUGUUGAUAAUUAAAAUUCAGAAAACCAAAAUUGUUAUGAGAGAUAUAUAUUCUACCGUAUAAAUAAAAGUAUAACAA